UGAUUUCUAGACCGGACUCCACUCAUAAAUCAAAGGUCUCGAGUUUGAGCCUCGAAAAAGAAAACUCCUAAUAAGGAGCGUUUCUUCCUUUAAUGGGUCGUGUGCGAUGUGAAUGUGGAUUAAUCAGGCCUAAAGCGGAUACUGAACACUGGAAAUGAAAAAAAUCCUGAUAGACACUUUCCUUUUAAUAAAUCUUACCCGCGAGAAUUCAGUUAGUUAGGCCCCAAAACAGAUAUCGAACCGCAGAUGGAAAAGCCGAAAAACUAAGUCCCUAACACUGCCAAACAAACAAAUAUAUAUACACGCCCCAUUGUUCACUCAGCAUUUACACAACCCAAACAUUCAAGCUCAUCAAAGCACCAAAAUAUAUCUCCAUAUCAUCAUCAGCCAAAAAAAAAAAAAAAAAAGAAUGGUGAACACAAAGCUGAUGAAUAAACAUGGUGGGCUUAACUCCAUGGUGAGUUUUGGCCACCAUGUUUUCACAGGCCGAUGGUUCAUGGUAUUCGCGUCCCUUUUAAUCAUGUCCAUGGCUGGUGCAACCUACAUGUUCGGCCUCUACAGUGGUGAAAUCAAAACUUCGUUAGGCUAUGACCAAACGACGUUAAAUUUGUUAAGUUUCUUCAAAGAUUUGGGUGGUAAUGUAGGGAUUAUUUCGGGUUUAAUCAAUGAAGUAACUCCACCAUGGGUAGUUUUAUUCAUCGGUGCAAUCAUGAACUUUUUUGGAUACUUCAUGAUUUGGCUAUGUGUCACAGGACACAUAGCUAAACCCCCUGUUUGGCAAAUGUGUUUGUACAUUUGCAUUGGUGCAAAUUCACAAACAUUUGCUAAUACUGGUGCAUUAGUCACUUGUGUUAAAAAUUUCCCAGAAAGCAGGGGAAGUUUAUUAGGUCUAUUAAAAGGAUUUGUUGGGUUAAGUGGUGCAAUUAUCACACAAUUAUACCAUGCUUUUUAUGGAAAUAAUGGUAAGUCUCUAAUUUUGCUAAUUGGUUGGCUUCCUGCUGUUGUUUCUUGCAUUUUUCUCCGAACGGUUCGGAUAUUAAAGGUCGUUCGACAGGCCAACGAGACCAAAAUAUUCUACAAACUCUUGUACAUUUCGCUUGGCCUAGCCGGUUUUAUCAUGUUAGUCAUCAUCAUCCAAAACACAAUCAAUUUCACGAGGCUAGAGUAUGCAGGAAGUGCAGCCAUUGUACUGAUUUUGCUCUUUGCCCCGUUAAUCGUUGUGUUUCAAGAAGAACUUAAGCUUUGGUACAUUAAGCAACAAGCCUUGAAUGACCCUCAAUUGAAAGUUGUUAGUGAAAAUCCGCCCUCAGUAGAACUGACUCAACCCCAGAAGCUAGUUGUGGCUGAAUAUGAGGAAAAUCCGCCCUCAGUAGAACUGACUCAAUCCCAGAAGCUAGUUGUGGCUGAAUAUGAGGAAAAUCCGCCCUCAGUAGAACUGACUCAAUCCCAGAAGCUAGCUCAAAGUGAAUAUGAGGAAAAGCCAACUUCUUGUUUUAGCAAUGUGUUUGAUCCACCACAAAGAGGGGAGGAUUAUACAAUAUUGCAAGCGCUUUUUAGCAUAGACAUGAUCAUAUUGUUCACCGCGACAACAUUUGGCGUGGGGGGGACAUUGACAGCUAUCGACAACUUAGGCCAAAUCGGAAAGGCCUUAGGCUAUCCGGAAAAAAGCAUCACUACAUUUGUGUCACUUGUAAGCAUAUGGAACUACCUCGGACGAGUUGUCUCGGGCUUUGUGUCCGAAAUCUUCUUAAUAAAGUACAAAUUCCCGCGCCCUAUGAUGCUCACAUUGGUCCUCCUCCUCUCAUGUUCGGGCCAUCUACUCAUCGCCUUUGGCGUCCCCAAUUCCCUCUACGUCGCGUCUGUACUAAUGGGGUUCUGCUUCGGAGCUCAAUGGCCUUUGAUUUUCGCGAUUAUAUCUGAGCUAUUCGGGUUGAAAUACUACUCAACAUUGUACAAUUUUGGUGCUGGUGCUAGCCCUGUUGGUGCAUACUUGCUCAAUGUUAGAGUGGCUGGACAUUUAUAUGAUAAAGUGGCUACAAAGCAAAUGUUAGCCAAGGGGCUAAAAAGGGAAGAUGGUCAAGAUUUAACAUGCAUUGGAGUGGAGUGUUACAAAUUGGCUUUUCUUAUAAUUACUGGUGCUACAUUGAUUAGUUGUGCUGUUUCUUUAAUUCUGGUUAUUAGAACAAGGAAAUUUUACAAAGGUGAUAUUUAUAAGAAGUUCAGAGAACAAGCAAUUGUUCUUGAUGAUCCUGAACAUAUAGGUAGUUCUUAAUUAAUUUCAGAAUGAUGUAUAUAUACUGAUAAAAAAAUAUGUAAUAGGAAAGAUUAUUAAUUAGUGAA